AUUCGACUUUCCAUUGUCGGUGAAUACGGAUUCCCUUUCUCUCCAUCUCCACUCAAUUGUUUUUCUUGGUUCCUUAUUCUACCUUGUCACACAACAAACAUGUCUGCUCGCGGUUUCUCAAAGGCUUUGAGGCCAAUGGCCCGCCAAUUGGCCACUCCCGCCGUUCAGAGGCGUACCUUCGUGGCUGCUUCUAGCAUGGUGCGGGCCACCAGGAAAGCCGCCGUCGCUCCCACUCAGCAGCAGAUCCGUGGUGUCAAGACCAUGGAUUUUGCUGGCCACAAGGAGCAGGUCUGGGAGCGUGCCGACUGGCCCAAGGAGAAGCUGCUGGAGUACUUCAAGGACGACACCCUUGCCCUCAUCGGCUAUGGUUCGCAGGGCCACGGCCAGGGUCUUAACCUCCGCGACAACGGCCUCAACGUCAUCAUCGGUGUGCGCAAGGACGGAAAGUCGUGGAAGGACGCCGUCCAGGACGGCUGGGUUCCCGGCAAGAACCUCUUCGAGGUCGACGAGGCCAUCUCGCGCGGUACCGUCAUCAUGAACCUUCUGAGCGACGCUGCCCAGAGCGAGACGUGGCCUGCUCUGAAGCCCCAGAUCACUAAGGGCAAGACUCUCUACUUCUCGCACGGUUUCUCUCCCGUCUUCAAGGACCUCACCAAGGUCGAGGUCCCCACCGACGUCGACGUCAUCCUCUGCGCCCCCAAGGGCUCCGGCCGCACUGUCCGCUCGCUCUUCCGCGAGGGUCGUGGCAUCAACUCCUCCUUCGCCGUCUACCAGGACGUGACUGGCGAGGCUGAAGAGAAGGCUAUCGCUCUCGGUGUUGCCAUUGGCAGUGGUUACCUCUACAAGACCACCUUCGAGAAGGAGGUCUACUCUGACCUGUACGGUGAGCGUGGCUGCCUGAUGGGUGGUAUCCACGGUAUGUUCCUUGCCCAGUACGAGGUUCUCCGCGAGCGUGGCCACAGCCCCUCGGAGGCUUUCAACGAGACUGUCGAGGAGGCCACCCAGUCUCUCUACCCCCUGAUCGGUGCCAACGGCAUGGACUGGAUGUACGAGGCCUGCUCUACCACUGCUCGUCGUGGUGCCAUUGACUGGAGCCCCCGCUUCAAGGACGCCCUCAAGCCCGUCUUCAACCAGCUCUACGACUCGGUCAAGGACGGCUCUGAGACUCAGCGCUCGCUCGACUACAACAGCCAGCCCGACUACCGCGAGAAGUACGAGGCCGAGAUGGAGGAGAUCCGCAACCUGGAGAUCUGGAGGGCGGGUAAGGCUGUGCGCAGCCUCCGUCCUGAGAACCAGAAGUAAACUGUAUAUUUGCUUCCAAGUUCCGGUCAAAUGCCAGUGGAUCUCUACAGAGUGCUGGUGGGUGGUCAAUUUGUUGAAAAAUAAUCUGGAGUCAUCGCUACAUUUCUUGGAAUAUCGCGGGGUUCUGUGUCCAAAAAGCUUGCGGUAUUUCGAUCGGGUUUGCUUUUAAUGUUUAUCAGAUUUCAUCUUUGUCUGGGAUUACAUCAGUCUACUAUACCUCGCCAUUUUAAAUUGGUAUCUUUUUUUCGUCUUUACCUGCUUAUUCAACUGUCCCCAUGCUACUGUGCCGCUUUUGAUUCAUCUUCUCCAUGGCGCCUUGGCAGUUGUUUUGCGAGUUCCACAA